CGUAACAGAUGAUUCACAGUCUCUAGUUCUGUCCUCUUCGAAUGGCCAAGUGCCUUCGUCCUGCAUCAACCUCUGUCCAAGCUUUUAACGCCCAGUUAGAGCUGAAGCUAUGUCCGACUUCGUCCGGGUCUUUGAGUUCGUCCGAGAACCAAGCCACAUGGUAAACUAAACGUGCUGUACAUAGGUAUACCAGGCUCCUGCCUGACGCAAUCAUUGCUGCAGAUAGAGACGGACGUACAAGUAGAAUGCGCCACAAAAUAUAAAAAACUCCGCUGCCCACGGUUUGGUGGUUCGCGCCGUUCAGAGAAACUACAUAUAUAUACAUACAUCCAUCACACCCAUCGAUUCGUCGCGCUACUUGUAUCCUGUCCACCUCACCCAAAAUUGCAAGCGGAUUUUUAGCGCAGACGACAGGAAACAGUCAUUAUGGUUUUUGGUUGGCUCUUUGAGACGCCUUUCAAGCCUUCGAGGGACAUUCCCCCUCUCGAAGGCAAAGUGAUUCUUGUCACUGGCGGUAACGCUGGGCUGGGCAAGGCGCAACUUCGACAUUACGCGGAGAACGGCGUCAAGGCCAAGGUGUACCUGGCAGCGAGGAGCAAGGCCAAGGCCGACGAGGCCAUCAAGGAUAUCGUAAAGGACACGCCUGGGCUGGACCUGCAUUUCCUCGAGCUGGACCUGACGGACCUGGCCUCCGUCAAGGCCGCCGCAGAGACGUUCACGCGCGAGAACACGAGGCUGGACAUUCUGGUCAACAACGCGGGGAUCAUGGCGCACCCGCCGGGCUUGACAAAGGACGGAUACGAGAAGCAGUUCGGCACCAACCACGUCGGCCACUUCCUGCUGACGGUGCUGCUCCUGCCCCUUCUGCAACGGACGGCCGCGGAACCGCAGAGCGACGUGCGCAUCGUCAACCUCAGCUCGGUCGGCCACGCCAUGGCUCCCUCCGGCGGCUUCAUCCCCGAGAAGGUCAAGACGGACAUGGCCUCGUACUCCACCAUGCAACGCUACGGCCAGAGCAAGCUCGCCAACAUCCUCUUCACCCGCGAGCUCGUUCGGCGCUACCCGCAGAUCACGAGCGUGGCCAUCCACCCGGGAGGCGUCGCCACGAAUCUGUCGAACGAGUUCGCCAAGAACCACCCCGUCCUCACCCUCUUUCUGAUGCCGCUCAUCUCUCUGUUCAUGGCCUCGCCGGCUUCUGGGGCUCUCAACCAGACGUGGGCCACGGUGGCUGACGUCGAUGGCAAGCCCGCGACGGGAACGAAGUCGCCCAAGAAGCUCGUGCAGGGGGCUUACUACCGGCCCGUUGCGAAGCGAGGAGGUGACUCGGCCUACGCGAAGGAUCCGGCGCUGGCGAAGAAGUUGUGGGAGUGGUCCGAGGACGAGAUGCAGAGCAAAGGAUUCUGGGUUCCCCAAAGCUAAAGCCCAUCCCACACGUGGAUCUAUUUGUACAAAUAUGGAACCCCCCACCCCACCGAUUCGGAUAAUGUAAUGGGUAUUCUUUCGAUUUUAUGGUCUUUUUAAAAUAUUAAAAUUAAUUACCUGACA